UGGUGAAGGAAAAAUGAGACAAAAAGCAGCUUAGUUGUGCUGCCUUGGUAGUGGAAUCGCGUUGAUGCUGUGUAGCAUUGCAACAUCCUAUUAUUACCUGUUUGUACCCUGGUGCACAUAGGGCAGGUGUGUUUGUGCUUUUUGUUCUCUCUGCACGAAGGAAUUAGGAGAAAUAGAAAGCACAGACACAGAAUCACAGUGACUUGUUUGUGAAUGAAGUUUGUUGUGAGAAAUAUGUGGUGAAUAACUCCAGCUUUGAACAAAAGAAUCUCGGAUUGUUUCUAGUACAGUGCUCGAGAGACAACGAUGUCUUCUAGCAGACAUAUUCCAGUUGAUAAGUUAAAUCUGCGACUGAUUCUUGUCAGUGGAAAAACUAAAGAGUUCCUGUUUAGUCCUAGCGCCUCUGCCGGUGAUAUAGCUCAACAUGUUUUCGACAAUUGGCCAGAAGAUUGGCGUGCAGAGGCGGUGUCGAAGGCGGAAAUACUUAGACUCAUAUAUCAGGGCCGGUUUCUCCACAGUAACGUAACAUUAGAUGCUUUAGGACUGCCCUACUGCAAAACGACAGUGAUGCAUUUGGUGCCGAGGGAGAAUCUGCCCGAGCCGAACUCACAAGAUCAACGACAAAAAAGCAAGGGGGGCAACAGCAGUUGCUGUUCGGCGUCCUGCUGUAUUUUGUAAAACCCCACCUGCCCCCCAAACAUCACAGUUCUUUCAAAAUAAUAAUAAUUUGAUAUUCUACCGUUUUCCCGAUGGACAAUUUUUAGUUUAAACUGAUGACGUAAAUAAUAAAAAUGAAAUACAAAAAAAUAAGUGAAAGAAACGUAGACAAUGUUUCGGAAAAGUUGUGAUAAUCAUCAGUGUAAAAAUACUCGUGUGCCAGACUACUAAAAGAGUGUGUGAAUAAAAAUCUCGCAUCAUUGUUAUGAUUUUUAGUGUAUUUAUAUAGUUAUUGUAUAUGUAUAUUAUUUUAUAUCCUAUGAAAAUUGUUUUAUUUUAAUUAAUCACGGAAUUUCGUAUAGCAGGUAAGAUGACUAUUGAAAAUAAAAAUUUUAAUGCAAAAUUAAAGUUCGUUUUACUUAAUGUAGGUGGCGCUUUACUAUUAUUACUUACGAAUACAAUUGGCAAGACUGAAGAUAUGUUGCCAACAUCUUAAAUGCAAACGUACCAGGUGUUUUUAUUAUUCAUUAAAAAAUAUGAUUUUUUUUUCAUGUUUUUUCAUGCUACCAUGGUUUUUUCAUCUUUUUAUGAUUUUUAAGGGUUUUUCAUUUUUGUUCGCAUUUUUAAUGUUUUUUCAAGGUUUUCAUGAUAACAUGUUUUUUAUGAUUCAUGAUUUUAAUGUUUUUUUUUGAGGGUUUUUAAUCAUGAAGAACAUGAAGAAACCAUUAA